GGAGCGGCGGGAGCAUGGAGCGGGCACCGGGAGUCUUCGGGGGACCCAACGUUGAGCUUCACGUCCACCUGGAUGGAGCCAUUAGACCAGAGACAAUCUUGUAUUUUGGCAGGAAAAGAGGGAUCCCUCUCCCCGGCGACACUGUUGAGGAGCUCCUGAAGUACGUCAGCUAUGACACACCGCUGACACUUCCCCAAUUUCUAGAGAAAUUUAAUUACUACAUGCCCACUAUUGCGGGUGACCGUGAGGCAGUGAGGAGAAUCGCCUAUGAGUUCGUGGAGACGAAGGCAAAGGAAGGAAUCGCCUAUGUGGAGGUCCGGUACAGCCCUCACCUCCUGGCCAACUCUGGCGUGGAUCCCAUCCCCUGGGGACAAGCUGAGGGAGACCUCACUCCAGAUGAAGUCGUUCAGCUCGUAAAUCAGGGACUACAGGAUGGAGAAAGGGAUUUCCACAUCAAAGCCAGGUCUAUUCUAUGCUGCAUGCACCAUAUGCCAAGCUGGUCUCCAGAGGUGGUGGAGCUGUGCAAGAAGUAUCGAAAUGACUCUGUGGUGGCCAUUGACCUGGCUGAAGGUCAACCUUCAGAGACCCUAAAGGUGGAGAUUGACUCUGAGCAUAAGAAGGCUUAUGAGGAAGCUGAGAGAUGUGGGAUUCACCGCACUGUCCAUGCUGGGGAGGUCGGACCUGCUGCCAUGGUCAAGGAGGCAGUUUAUGUCCUGAAGGCCGAGCGCAUUGGCCAUGGAUACCAUGUCCUGGAGGACCCUGAGCUCUACAAGGAGCUGCUGAGAACAAAGAUGCAUUUUGAGGUCUGCCCUUGGUCCAGUUAUCUCACUGGAGCAUGUUCUCCGGACUUCACCAAACACCCCGUAAUACAAUUUAAGAAGGAUCGUGCCAACUAUUCUCUAAACACGGAUGACCCCCUCAUCUUUAACUCCACCAUUGACAAGGAUUAUGGCAUAGUCAAGGAAUACAUGGGCUUCACCGAAGAGGAGUUCAAGAGAGUUAACAUCAACACAGCCCAGUCCAGCUUCUUACCUGAGAAGGAAAAGCAGGAGCUGCUCAACAAGCUGUAUGAAGCCUAUGGGAUGGUCCCCAACACAUCGUGACCCGUCCCUGUGAGCCAGCGUGGAGCAGGGCCCUUCUCCGUGUGCUGACUCCUCCGUGCCUGUGGGAGCUCAGGGAGGAGGUGCCCAGGGUUGGUCUCUAUUCCUGGCAGCCCUGUGUUAACCCUUACAAUGCUCAUCAGAAUCAGACUAUCACAUUCACCCACCUAUACCCCACAAACUCUCUCCCAAAUAGGUA